AUUUAAAAAGCCACAUGUUGACCCACAGUUAUUUGAAUCAACACAGAUGCAAUGUUUGUAAGACUGCAUUUAGGUCCUUACUGCAUUUAAAGCACCACAUGUUGACUCACAGUAAUUUUAGACCUCACCAGUGCAGUAUGUGUAAUAAGGCUUUUAAGCUCCCAAAAUAUUUAAGAUUGCACAUGUUGACCCACAGUAAUUUUAGACCUCACCAGUGCAGUAUGUGUAAUAAGGCUUUUAAGACUUCAAGUGAUUUAAAAAGGCACAUGUUGACCCAUACUGGGAGACCUCACCAGUGCAGUAUAUGUAAUAAAGCUUUUAAGUGCUCAAGUGGUUUAGAAAAGCACAUAUUGACCCACGGUGAUAAGAAACCUCACCAGUGCAGUAUAUGUAAUAGUGCUUUUAAGUUUCCUUGUCAUUUAAAAAGACACAUGUUGACCCACGGUGAUGAGAAACCUCACCAGUGUAGUGUAUGUAAAAGAUCAUUUAAGCAGUUAAGUAGUUUGAAAAAGCACAUGUUGAACCACAGUGACGAGAGACUUCACCAGUGCAGUAUAUGUAAUAGUGCUUUUAAGUGGCCAAGGGAUUUAAAAAGCCACAUGUUGACCCACAGUAAUUUGAAUCCACGCAGAUGCAAUGUUUGUAAAACUGCAUUUAGGUCCUUACUGCGUUUAAAGCACCACAUGUUGACUCACAGUGAUACAAGACCUUACGAGUGCAGUAAGUGUAAAGCUACAUUUAAGCUCCCAAAAUAUUUAAGAUUGCACAUGUUGACCCACAGUAAUUUUAGACCUCACCAGUGCAGUAUGUGUAAUAAGGCUUUUAAGACUCGAAGAUAUUUAAAAAAACACAUGUUGACCCACACUGGGAGACUUCAACAGUGCAGUAUAUGUAAUAGAGCUUUUAAGUGCUCAAGUGGUUUAGAAAAGCACAUGUUGAAGCACAGAAAUGCUACACCUCGCCAGUGCAGUAUAUGUAAUAGUGCUUUUAAGACUCCAAGUGAUUUGAAAACACACAUGUUGACCCACAGUGAUGAGAGACCUCACCAGUGCAGUAUAUGUAAUAGUGCUUUUAAGAUUUCAAGUAAUUUGAAAACACACAUGUUGACCCACAGUGAUGAGAGACCUCACCAGUGCAGUAUAUGUAAUAGGGCUUUUAAGACUUUAAGGGUUUUAGAAAAGCACAUGUUGACCCACAGUGAUGAGAGACCUCACCAGUGCAGUAUAUGUAAUAGUGCUUUUAAGAUUUCAAGUAAUUUGAAAACACACAUGUUGACCCACAGUGAUGAGAGACCUCACCAGUGCAGUAUAUGUAAUAGUGCUUUUAAGACUUUAAGGGUUUUAGAAAAGCACAUGUUGACCCACACUGAUGAGAGACCUCACCAGUGCAGUAUAUGUAAUAGUGCUUUUAAGCUCUCAAGGGGUUUAAAAAGGCACAUGUUGACCCACAGUGAUGAGAGACCUCACCAGUGCAGUAUAUGUAAUAGUGCUUUUAAGCUCUCAAGGGGUUUAAAAAGGCACAUGUUGACCCACAGUGAUGAGAGACCUCACCAGUGCAGUAUAUGUAAAAGCUCAUUUCAGCAGUUAAGUAGAUUGAAAACACACAUGUUGACCCACAGUGAUGAGAGACCUCACCAGUGCAGUGUAUGUAAUAGUGCUUUUAAGACUUCAAGGGAUUUGAAAACACACAUGUUGACCCACACUGAUGAGAGACCUCAUGAAGUUCUCAAGCGAGCAAACUACACUCAGGCAUUUAUCCUUACAUUUGCCAGUUCAACAUACGCACAAGUUUUGGGUAUUGAGCUUGUGGUGUGGUCUGCCUGCUGGAUCAACGAAGGACUGCAGCUUAAUCAUGAAGACUAG